ACCGUUUUGAUAUCUCGCUUGACGUGUUGUGUCCUAUGUGUACAUAGAGCGAGAGGAGCCGUCUGCCCUAGAGGGCGGCCGACAUGCUGGAUUCGUCGUGAAUCGAUAUUUUUGGACCGCUGUAGAGCAGUCACCAUGAGGUCUCAGACUUAAUUAAGGAAGGAGAAUGGAAAAUGAGAGAGGUGUACAACAAUGACAGCAUAUCCCCGCCGCGAACGAUGACCCAGCACGGCUCGGGCCACGCGCCCUCAACACAUUCGAUGCCACAUUACAUACGGAAUUUACCGUUCAUUAGGCUAUGUCUACCAUUCGUAUGGGCGACCGCGCAAAUGUACACUAAAAUAAUCGCAUCCACCAGAGUGCGCGUAAACUUUCACUAUACAAAGCGUCCUUUAGUCAAAUUAAAAACAAAUGUGAAUAAAUACCUUAGUUUACGAACUAGUAAAUUGCAUUGCGAUCUUACAUCGUUAGUGAAUGCUUUAGUGCAAUUAUUCGUUGUUGCCAAGUGUAUUAUUUAUAAGGUAGGAAAAUGGAUUUGUGGAAGGAGAGGUUGUGGAGCAAAGAAGUCUCGAAUGUUGCUGCUUUUGUACAUGGGUGGGUUCAAUCGAUAUAGCGAGGGUCGGCCUGAUAAUGAUUUACAUAUCGGCGGGAUAUUUCCUAUGGAAGGUGAAGGUGGAUGGCAAGGCGGUCAGGCUUGCAUGCCGGCCGCUGAACUGGCGCUUGCUGAUGUCAACGCUAGAUCUGAUUUAUUAUCCGGAUUUAAAUUACUACUACACAGCAAUGACAGUAAGUGUGAACCAGGACUUGGUGCAAGUGUAAUGUACAACUUGUUAUACAAUCCACCGCAAAAGUUGUUGCUGUUGGCCGGUUGUUCUACAGUUUGCACCACGGUCGCCGAAGCCGCAAAGAUGUGGAACCUAAUGGUCCUUUGUUAUGGUGCAUCAUCGCCAGCGUUAUCGGACCGUGCACGUUUUCCGACAUUGUUCCGAACCCAUCCCUCAGCAACAGUGCACAACCCAACAAGAAUUAAACUGAUGCAAAAAUUCGGCUGGUCCAGAAUCGCUAUAUUACAACAAGCUGAAGAAGUUUUUAUAUCGACUGUCGAUGAUUUAGAGGCACAUUGCAAGAAAUCGGGUAUAGAAAUUGUGACCAGACAGUCCUUCCUUUCGGAUCCGAGCGACGCAGUACGCAAUCUACGGAGACAGGACGCUCGAGUGAUCGUGGGACUGUUCUAUGUGGUCGCAGCGCGACGUGUCCUAUGCGAAGUAUACAAACAUCGUCUCUACGGAAAAUCUUACGUUUGGUUUUUUAUAGGUUGGUAUGAAGAUAAUUGGUUCGAGACAAAUUUAGAACGCGAAGGCAUAGAUUGUACUGUAGAGCAGAUGCGGGAAGCUGCCGAGGGUCAUUUGACUACAGAAGCUCUUAUGUGGAACCAAAAUGCUAAUCAGACAACGAUAUCUGGAAUGACAUCUGAAGAUUUUAGGUCUCGUUUGAAUGAAGCUCUUAGAGAAGCUGGUUACGACAUCGAUGGCGAAAGAUUUCCAGAAGGCUAUCAAGAAGCACCUUUAGCAUAUGAUGCUGUUUGGGCUGUCGCACUCGCUUUCAAUAAGACUAUGGAGAAAUUGGAAAAGAAUGGUUUGAGCUUGAAAAACUUUACUUACACUAAUAAGAAAAUUGCUGAUGAUAUUUAUGAAGCUAUUAAUUCAACGUCGUUUUUGGGCGUUUCUGGUUUGGUUGCAUUUUCAUCCCAAGGAGACAGAAUAGCACUAACUCAGAUAGAACAACUUUCUAACAAUCAUUACGUGAAGCUUGGAUAUUAUGAUACACAAGCUGAUAAUCUAACCUGGUUAGAUAAAGAACAAUGGGUUGGUGGAAAAGUACCUCCGGAUCGGACAGUAGUGGUAAAUGAACUGCGUACUGUUUCACUACCACUGUUUGCUUGUAUGACAGCGCUUUGUAUAGCUGGAAUUUUGGCAGCCAUCGGAUUGAUCGUCUUUAAUACAAUGCACAUGCAUAGAAGGGUCAUUCAGUGGUCUCAUCCAGCUUGUAACACUGUGAUGUUGUGCGGUUGCUGCGUGUGUUUGGGCGCUGCGAUAGCUCUUGGCAUAGACGGACGCUGGGUGACGCCUCAGCACUACACGGGACUAUGUGCGGCUCGAGCUUGGCUCCUUGCCAUCGGCUUCUCCAUGGCUUACGGUGCUAUGUUCACAAAAGUGUGGCGUGUGCAUAGACAUACGACAAAGCCCAAAACAGAAACCAAGAAACGCGUACACGGCUGGAAGUUAUACACAAUGGUCGGAGGUUUGCUAGUGGUGGAUAUUGUGUUGCUAACGGCGUGGCAGCUGCGAGACCCGCUGCAGAGGCGCGUAGAAACUUUCGCAUUGGAGGCACCGAGACAUCAUGACGAUGAUGUACACAUCAGACCUGAGCUAGAACACUGCGAGAGUGAACAUAAUACUAUAUGGCUAGGUGUGAUGUACGGCUACAAGGGCCUUGUUUUGGUAUUCGGUCUAUUCCUAGCUUACGAGACGAGAUCGGUUAAGAUCCGCCAAAUAAAUGAUUCGAGAUACGUUGGGAUGAGCAUUUACAAUGUUGUUGUGUUGUGCCUCAUCACGGCUCCCGUUACGUUAGUGAUUGCGAGUCAGCAGGAUGCCGCCUUCGCUUUUGUGUCCCUCGCAAUCGUCUUUUGUUGUUUCCUUAGCAUGGCUCUAAUAUUCAUUCCAAAGGUAAUAGAAGUGAUACGACAUCCAACUGAGCGCGCCGAAAGUGGGCGCGGUUCGGGUUCCGGUUCCACUCCUGCUGAUGAAGAGCGGUAUCGCGAACUUGUCAAAGAAAACGAAGAGCUGCAAAAGCUUAUAGCACAGAAGGAAGAGCGUAUUCGCGUCCUAAAGCAGAAGCUGGCGGAACGAGAGGCUGCAGCGGACGUGACGCAAGAUGUACAGGACGAACACGUCUAGUCGCUUGCGUGGCUCAUCGAUAACU